AUGGCGGCAGAGGAUGUAAAGCAAGGCGCGAAAGCACAAGCACCAGGUGCAUCAAGAGCAUGGGAAGCACUCACACCUGGUCUGUCAGAAUGGAUACUGGACGCAGUCUCGAGCAUGGGAUUCGCCCGGAUGACGCCGGUUCAAGCGUCCGCCAUACCUCUGUUCAUGGGCCAUAAAGAUGUUGUGGUUGAGGCUGUAACUGGCUCGGGCAAGACUUUGGCCUUUCUUGUACCUGUCGUAGAAAGAUUACUGCGGAUUUCGGAGCCUAUCAAGAAGAACCAUGUUGGGGCUAUCAUUAUCUCGCCCACCAGAGAAUUAGCAACUCAGAUCCACUCUGUCCUGCUCUCCCUCUUAGCCUUCCAUGGCCCCUCCGCCCCGUUCCUCAAUACACAGAAUACAGAUUUGGACCCUGAUAUGGAUGUUGACGGCGAACAUCCUCCACCUCCUGCCUUUCCUGCGUCGACCCUCAAAGUUAUACCUCAGCUCCUUUUAGGCGGCACAACUACAACGGCACAGGACCUCUCGAACUUCUUAAGGACCUCGCCAAACCUGCUGAUAGCUACCCCUGGCCGUCUCCUCGAGCUGCUGUCUUCCCCACACGUCCAUUGCCCCCAGUCGUCGUUCGAGGUUCUUGUGAUGGACGAAGCCGACAGGCUCCUAGACUUGGGGUUCAAAGACGACCUCCAGAAGAUCCUCCAACGCCUUCCCAAGCAGCGACGUACAGGCCUGUUUUCAGCCAGCGUUUCCGAGGCAGUUGACCAGCUCGUGCGCGUGGGUCUAAGAAACCCAGUUAGGAUCGCAGUAAAGGUCAAAAGCGCCAACGGAGCACUAGACAAGAGGACACCAGCCAGUCUACAAAUGUCCUACCUACUCACUCCACCUUCCCACAAGCUUCCCGCCUUAAGAGCACUCCUCACAUCCCUAACUCCAACGCCACAAAAAACAAUCAUAUACAUCUCCACCUGCGCAGCCGUCGACUACUUCCAAAACCUCCUCGCUGUCCUUUUACCCGGCUUCACCAUCGUACCCCUACACGGGAAGUACCCGCCUAACGUCCGCCAAAAGAACUUCGCCCGCUUCACCACCUCCGUCGCCCCAACCGUCCUCCUCACAACCGACGUAGCAGCCCGCGGCCUCGACAUCCCCUCCGUCGACCUCGUUGUGCAGCUCGACCCGCCCUCGGACCCGAAAGCCUUCCUGCACCGCUGCGGACGCGCCGCGCGUGCCGGGCGGAAGGGGUUGGCCGUUACCUUUCUGACGCCCGGGAGAGAGGAGGACUACAUCGAGUUCCUGCGCGUGAGGCAGACGCCUAUUACGCCGCUUUCUGCGCCUGCGAUCGUGGUCAGUGAUGAAGAGGCCGCGGCGACGACGGAGCGGAUCAGGGAGGUGGUGCGCGCGGAUCGCGCAACACAUGAUAAGGCGCAGAAGGCGUUCGUGAGCUGGGUCCAGGCGUACUCGAAACAUGCGGCUGGGUCUAUCUUUCGCGUGCAGGAUCUGGAGUGGGGGGAGUUGGGCAGAGCGUGGGGGCUACUGCGGUUGCCGAAGAUGCCGGAGGCGAGACGGUGGGAGGGCGAUAGGACAUUAGGCGUUGUGGUAGAUUGGGAAAAUUUUGCGUACAAGGACAAAACGAGGGAGAAGCAUAGGAAGGCGGAGAUGGAGGCGAGGAGGGCAGGUGUGGGGGAGGGACGGGGGAAGGAGGGGAUGGGUAUUGAGGGGGAAAGGAGGGUGAAGAAGGAGAGGGCGUGGAGCUUGAAGAAGGACGCUAAGUCGGUGAGGGAGCAGAGGAGGGAGAAGAAGCUGACAAGGAGGGAGAAGGAGAAGCUGGAGAAGAUGGGACCCGAGGAGCGGGAAGAGAGAGAAAAGCUUCAGAGGAUGAUUGAGGAGGUUAGGAAGAGGGGCGUGGAAGAGGAGUUCGAGGGUUUCGGGGAUUGA